UCGUCACCUUUGAUCGGCGCAGAGGGAAGAAGAAGAAGCUUUCCGGGGAUUUAAACACGAUGAAGAUCCGAAGUCCACGUCCAACAAGUGACGCAGGACACCCGGGGCCGUGGGGGGGACUGUAACCAGCCCACCACAUCCGCGGGGGGGGACUCGCCGCGCAGGGAAAACGGUCACGAGUGCGCGGAAGUUUGUGUUUACUGAUGUUGUGGAAGCUAGCUGGCUGGCCCUGUUAGCCUGCUAGCGAGGGAGGUGCGCGCUGCGUGCACGGCUCAGUGCUCACAACUUCACUCCAGUGGGAAACUAACCAUUAAACCGUAUUAUCUGUAAUAGCUCCUGUUUGUUUGCGUGGCUGACAAACUCCUGUGGCGUCAGUGCGGGCCACGAGCUUUGAAUCUGAGGGGUCGUGUCUCACGCGUUGAUUCGCAGAGAAAAGAAAAAAACGCACGAUCACGCAUCGAGUCCCGAUCCCGCAGGUCCAGCUCACUGAGCCACAUCUCCGGUUUACCCCCUGGUACGAAUGACGGAUCCGGCUGACAGCUCCGGACCUCUCGACCCGUCCUCCCCCACAGUUCCCAGUCUGCGUCCGUGAUGGGCCCCCUGCUCGGCUGGUGAGACGCGUGGAAACCGAUCGGAAGUCUAUUACCAUGGGAGGAUGUGUCGGGAGAUACCUGGAGGGCUGGGAGGACACACACAGCCGAGGGUCGUCCAGGAACGGGGGGCGAGGAGGACGUAAUGAGCCUCUCAAGAAAGAGAGGCCCAAGUGGAAGAGCGACUACCCGAUGACGGAGGGCCAGCUGCGGAGCAAGCGGGACGAGUUCUGGGACACAGCGCCGGCUUUUGAGGGCCGUAAAGAGAUCUGGGACGCCCUGAAAGCCGCAGCUGUGGCGCUCGAGUGCAAUGACCACGAGCUGGCCCAGGCUAUAGUGGACGGAGCCAGUAUCACACUGCCACACGGUACUCUCGCAGAGUGUUACGAUGAACUCGGGAACCGCUACCAGCUGCCCGUAUACUGCCUGGCUCCGCCCAUCAACCUCAUCUCAGAACGCAGCGACGACGACCCCAGCGACAGCCCUGAACCCACUGUUGCACCCAAAAAGGAAUUCCAGCUCAAGGUACGACUGUCCACAGGCAAGGACCUGCGCCUCAGCGCCAGCAUGUCUGACACCAUCGGGCAGCUCAAGAAGCAGCUGCAGGCCCAGGAGGACAUUGACGCCACCCACCAGCGCUGGUUCUUUUCCGGCAAGCUGCUCACGGACAAGUCGCGGCUGCAGGACACCAAGAUCCAGAAGGACUUUGUCAUCCAGGUCAUUGUCAACCCACAGGCCCUCCAAGCCCUCCAAGCCCCCAAGCCCUCACCGCCCUCACCCCCUCCAAGUGAAUAACGAAGAACAAAGGGGGGGGGGGGAUGCAGUGGGCGUCAGACACAAGCAGAGCGGAGGUGCCUCUGAAUGCUGGAUUGAGAUAGAACUGAACUGUGGAGGUGCGUAAAAAGAAAAAUCGACAUGAGGGAGAAACUCUUCAGUGCUGCUUUCUUUUAUCUAUCACGUGUAAUUGUACCUUUUUGUUCGGGUUGUGUUGGGUUGUUGUUAAAGUGAAAUCCAGUACCUGCUGGAGUUCCUCUUCUUGUCACUUUGAACCGUUUCGAAUUCAAGCUGAACGUAUGUAAAUGAGCAGCCUUUUUAAACACAAACCGUGCACAUCACGCUGCACACGCAAAGACUCGGCCUCUGUCCUCUUUGUCUGCACUCAUGGAAACAAAGUGCCAACGGACGAAACGCAGAAGUGUUGGAGUUGGUUGUGAAGCACAUCUGUACGUGGACGCCCAUGGACUCGACUCCUCCGCAGAAACGGGAGGGGAGGGCAGAGAGGUCGAUCCCGAACUUUUCCCUGUUUUCUGUUGUUGAGGGAAAGAUGUAAUCUGAGCUUUUUUGCACAUUUGAAGAUUAUAACUAUACUUUUGUGGUAGUAUGUGUGCCUUCUACAUUACGACAACAACAGGCGGUUGGUGUCCUGAGAGAUGCUAGUUUUACCACUAGGCUAAGCCAUCUGUAUUUUUUUUAGAUUCAGGAACCUUUAGAUUGACCCAAGCUAUAACUGUUGCCUUUUUUUUGUAUUAUUUCAUCAAUCAUUGCUGACAAAAAAGUGUGUGUGUGUGCGUAUGCGUGUGCGUGCAUGUGGGCAAAAGGAAAACGUAUGUACCCACAUGAUACAUGUCAGAUUAACGUAGCUCUCUAAGACUAGACUGUUUUCCAGGUGCACAAGUCAUGGCUUUGCAGUCAAUCAUAUCAUUAAGUCGAGGGAAAUGGAUGUUCCCCUGCAAAAAUGAUAGUCUUAAAAAGCUCUAAUAUUGACCACUUAAUAACACCCACCCCCUGAACACUAGGGGGCACCAACACAGCCCUGAUAUAAUCAGCUCUAUCUCUUGGGGCUCCUUUUUUUUGUUCCUUUAUCCACCACCUGAUGACUGUAAAAUCCAGUAUUCGCUCGCCAUUUAUUCUCCAUGUGGUCCAGUGAUUUGAAAUAUUUGUUCGCCAGAUGUUUUACUUUUUUUUUAACCAGCUUAGGAAGGAUUGAGCUGGUUUGCUGGAAAUGGCUGCCUUAUGUGUGGGUGGGGGUUGAUGAGCGUUUGUUGACCAUAUGAAGCAGUGAACCAAAACAACGAGCUGAAGAUCUGAGUUUCUGUUCUCAGUGAAUCCUGCAACGCUAACUUCUUCUUAACGUUGCGGUAAAUCUUGUAUUUCAAGGGCCACGACCCAUAAAUCACGACUGAGGUCACAACUUCAUAAAGAGAAAUUUGUCAUUGCCUUUUUAAGUUGAACCACAACAUUAACAGCUCUCAGACAUGCACUCCAGAGGAUGUGUGCACAAUUGGGUCCAGACUUUCUGCAGAGUUUUCCUCUCACACAUGAACAACAGUAUCUGGAGCGUUCAGGUGAGGGGUGGUGCAGCGUACAGAGGCAGGAUGUAACGUAUUUACUCUGCUGCGGAAAUCAUGUGAUUGACAAGUUACCUCUUAUCUAAAUUUUAAUUUUGCGGUAUCGAAACAACCCUGAUAGGAUGGAGAUCUGACUGCUUGAAUAGCUCAUAUAUGAGGUUUUGACCUCGAAUAGAUUUGAGACAAAUUUGGGUUUAAGACCUGCUUUUUAAAUUUAGCUUCUCAUUGUGAAAACUCUCUCUGACUCACAAGUCUUCAGCUCGAUACGCGUUGUUUUCAUUCACUGCUUUCAUCUUUUUACGUUCAUCAAAAUCACCCUUUUUUCUAUUUUUCUAUUUUAUCUUCCCUUUACUAAUGGAUCUUUAGGAGUGUUCUUGCUUUCUUAAGCAGAACGAACUUGAAUAAGCAUUUUUAUUUUUUUUAUCUGUAUGUGCAAUACAAUAGACAUAGACCUCAUAUCUUAUGUUUUUGGCAGAUUUCAUAGAGCACCAGCUACGGCUUGUUAAGUUACAAAUGUUCACCUUGGUCAAAUUGAGGUGUAUUCUAGCCUCGCUGUCACCUCGACAAAAUAUCUAAAUAUUCAAAAUGGUAGCCACCUCACUAUCCAUUCUGUUUUCCUACCCGUCAUCGGUCGUCAUUGAGACUCGGGGCAAAAGCUCUGCUGACGACUUUAUACUAAAGCUUCUCCUGUUACAGAGUCGCUCCGAGUCUGCUCUCUUUUGAAAACAAAAUGAAGAAAGAUGGAGCAGUGGUCAUUCUUUCAUGUUAAACUAUAUUUUACACCAUCUUACUUCAUGUAAAAAGCCUUUAUGAGAUGUCCCCCUGGUUACAUAGUUCACAUUUCACUGUAGAGUUCCCUAAAGCAAUCACUUGCGGUCACACUCACAAAUGCAGAUCAGCCGUUCCCUGAUAAAUGUGUGUUGUGAGAUGGAUGGUGGUUGAAUGUUUGGAUGCAGGGAUAUUUUUUUUUGUUUUGGUCUUCAGACUACCAUAAUGAAAAAUGUAGCAAAGGUUAAUCUGCAAAUGAAUAUUUAAAGGGGAUGCAAGUGUCCUCUAUCCUCCAACAUAUCGAGCUACAACGAAACCAAAGUGUUUUUCUCAGCAGACAUUUUGACCUGUGGUUGUAGGAAAAGCACCAGUAUUACUGAUGAGACUAGACGUGUUUCCAUGGACACCACUAUUCUGAUAUUAACUUGAUUAAGCAAAGGGUUGGUGAGUUUUACUCUAACCUCUCCACCUUUUUUUUUUUUUUUUCCCACAAAGUAAAAAGCUUGAGGCCUCUCGCACCAUCUUUUUCAAGAGACAUCUGCAUCUUUCUUUUUUGUAUUCACUGAUGCCCUCCACGCACCGCAGAUCCAAAAACUGCAGCAAGGAGAAAAGCAAAUGGACCUCGAUCAUUACAUAGAAGCAUUACAUCAUUGUUUUGCACAUUUUUUUGAAUGUAUGUCACUUUCAACACAAUGGAACACAACAGGAUUGUGUGUUCAUGAUUCACAAUUGCAUAUGGAGCUGCUUAUUAAACUGGGCACACAGUAAAAGCCAUAAUCAGACGAAACAUAUUUAUUUUACACACCUAACAGCAAGUCGUCAUCAUUGUCUUCUCCUUUGAAGAACUCAAUUUCCCAAAAGCCCCUGCAGUUCAAUCUCGUUGGUUUGACACGUCUCAAUCACACAAGCAGUAAAUGUUUUUCAAGUCUAUAUGCCUUAGUAUGUGUAAAAAAAACAAAAUCAGUAUAUUUAGUCAUUCAAGAGAAAAGUCAUUAUAUGGACAUUUCCUGAUGAUGAAUGACAUCCACAGUUUAUUUUACCUCUCGGCGUUUGUUCGUUUAUAUGCUGAUUUUCCUUUUAAAUCAUAUUUUUAAACUGUUGAAUAAAAUUCAA